AUGCCAACGGUGUCUGGUACCGGUAGUGGAGAUGAUCGCACUUCACUAAACCCACUUAGUUGUAGCGACGCUCGCUUAGGCGAGAUUGGAGCAAACGAGAGCACAGGAUUGUGUGAAUCGGUGCAUGGGCCAGAGGAGGUGAAGUUGAGCAAAAGAAAUGCGGCGUCGGGAGGUAGAAGACAAAAACAGGGGCGAGGAGUGAUGCCGCAAAGGAUGAACAGACAAUUGGUCACUUGUCAAUUUGUUCAGUUGUCACUCUGUGCUUACGAUGCCGGCGAAACGUGUGGCAAUGUACCAAGUCAGCGGUCCAGUGCCGGGACUCACGAACACUCUGGCAGAGGACACGGGACCAGGUCCGUGGCAUGA